AUGAAAUCACACAUUUAAUAACUAGAAGAAAGUAAAUCCUAAAUUUUAAUAAUAAAUAUUAAUCAGAACAAUCUUUCCAAUUCAAUAUAAAAAUAAAUUUAAGAAUUGACCUAAAAAGUGUAAAUAUUGUAGAAUCAUACAAGUAUUAUUCUAAAUUUCAUAUUUAGUUAAAGAAUUAUAGAUAUUGAAAAUCUCAAAAAUAACAAGGUUAUGAUCAUACAGAAUUGGAAAAGUAAGUUUUAUCAUUAUUAAGAGAGAAUUCUUAAUUAAUGAAUAGUUUAACUGUUUCUCAUACUUAUUAAAUAUUUAAUCCAAAAAUAAUAGUUUACAGAAUAUAUCUAAAAUUAAUCCAAAUGAAACAUCUUGGAAACAAAGAUUUAUUAAAUUGAAUAAAGAAUAUUUUGAAUUACAACCAAUAUGCUUUUCUAUCAGCUGA